AUGAGCAAUCGAAUGUGUUGUGUCGUGGACUGCCAUAAUACUUAUAAAAAUACGAAAGGCAAAGGUGUGAUGUUUUAUACUUUCCCAAGUAAAAAACAUGAACAACACAUCAAAAAACUUUGGCUUCAAGCUAUUAGGCGUGUUACUGAAAAUGGUGAUGCAUGGGAGCCAAUUCGAAGCAGUCUAAUUUGCAGUACUCAUUUUGUUGACAAUAAGUGUUCAAAAGACCCAAAGAGUCCUUCUUUUAUUCCUACAAUAUUCCCAGGAAUAUACAAAAAAAUAUCAUUAAACCAUCAUCAACAAACAGCUAGGUAUAAGCGAACUUGUAUCCGCCAAGAAAAUAAUGUCACUAUUGUUACUAAUAAUAUUGACACUAUUGAACCUUACAUAAGUAAUGAUAAUAUAAAAUCUGUUCGUAAUGCUAGCACUCAAGUAGCUUUUGAAGUUAAUGGCAUUGAUUUAUUCACUUUUGAUUGUUGUUUCAUUGAUAGCAAUAAUGCUAAGACACAAGUUUCUAUGCCAUAUAAAUUGAAUUAUCUUGUAAGGCCUAAAACUAGAGAUCAGUCUUGUGGUCUAGACACUCCAUAUCAAUCAAUACCUAGAUUAAAACCUAUAUCCUCGCCUAAAUCUUUUUGUAGCUAUGAAUCUGUUAUGAAUGAAUCACAUCUAGAGAGUUUAACAGGGACAUCAUUUCAAGUUUUUAAAAUAUUACUGAAAUUCAUUCCAAAAUCAUCAGAUAAAACUGUAACAAGAGAAAACAGACUAUUUAUGUUUUUAAUGAUAAUUAAACUUAAUAUAUCAUAUUCAGCUCUAAGUGCAUUUUUUAACAUAAGUCCUUCAACAGUUACUAGAAUAUUUUAUGAUUGUUUACAUUCUUUGUCAAUUAAAAUUAAUCACUUCCUUUUUUGGCCAGAUAAAAGUUCUAUUUCAACAGCAGAAUCAUUAAAAAUAAAUGAUCCUAAUUUCCGAUAUUUUAUUGGUUCUACAGAAAUAAAAACUGAACAACCUGAUACAGUAGAGCAAAGGGUAUUUUUGUACUCUAGGUACGAAGGUUGUUACACUAUUAAAUUUUUAGUGGUAAUAACACCAAAUGGUAUAAUACGUUUUGUAUCUAGUUGCUAUGGAGGAAGUAAAAGUGAUUCUCUAAUUACAAAUGAUAGUGGUAUCCUUUUAGAAUUUGAAUCGGGAGAUAUUGUAUAUGCUCAUGAGAGAUUUCUUAGUACUGAAGCUUCUUGUGAAAAUUCUAACGGCGAUUUAGUAAUUUCUCCCAUUUUGCACCAUGACAGGUUCACUGGAGAUGAAGUUAUGGAAACCCGUGAUACUAUAAAUAGUGAGAUUGAGAGAGUGUUUUCUAGGCUUAAAACACAUGGUAUACUAAAUAAAAUAUCGAUUGAAUUAAUGCCAGUAAUUGAUAAAGUUAUUCAAAUUUGUUGUGUAUUAACUAAUCUUCAAUUACUAACAUUAAAGGAAUAA